AUGCGCGUGCUCGGUAUAGCGGCCCUGGCGGCCACCCUUUUCACAUCCAUCGCCGUCGCAGAAUCAGCACAAGCACAAUUAGCGGCCAUACUCCCUACAUGUGCGCUGGAAUGCAUGGCCACGUCAAUGACGCAUACAUCCUGUGCAGCCACAGACCAAGCAUGUCUGUGCAUGGAUACGAAUUAUAGCGCCAUUCUUGAAGAAUGCGUUAUGACUAGCUGCACAAUUCGUCAAUCUUUGACAACGAAAAAUGUGACAGAGACUGCAUGCGGAGCUCCUAUCCGGGAUCGAACAAACAUCGUCUUCUACGCUGGAGUCAUAGGCGGUGUAAUCGCUUUUAUUGCCUUUAUCCUUCGCAUGACUGCUCGACUAAGAUGUUGCGGUGGAGUAUUUGGUUGGGAUGAUUUCACCAUGAUGUUGACAAUGUGUCUGAUAAUUCCACUCUCAGCACUCUCCGGCGUCUUGGCCAACACCGGCUUAGGAAAAGACAUGUGGACGCUGCCUUUCGAAAACAUCACCCGGAUUCUCUACAUCUACUUCUGGGAUGAACUGAUUUAUCUCAGUAUUUUGCCGUUGACCAAAAUAUCGAUCUGCUGUUUCUACCUCCGUAUUUUUCCCGACCGCCAAUUCCGAACAGUGACAUAUAUUGUCAUUGGACUAAAUGUGGCAUAUCUGAUCUCUUUUGUCUUGAUCUCGGUGUUUCAAUGCUGGCCACUACCCUACGCAUGGCUUCACUGGGAUGGCGAGGGUAAUUACAAGUGCAAUCACAUCAACGCACAAGGAUGGUCUGCUGCUGCUAUAAAUAUGAUUCUUGAUAUACUGGUCAUGGCACUUCCGCUCCGACAGCUCUAUCACCUUAAUCUUUCAGUGAGGAAGAAGGUAUAUGUGAUGUGCAUGUUUGGCUUGGGUCUCUUUGUCACCCUUGUCAGUAUUUUACGACUGAAGUCGCUGAUCAACUUUGCUUCGACUACUAACCUGACAUGGGACUACGUGAGCAUUGGAUACUGGAGUACCAUUGAAUGCGAUGUCGGUGUUAUAUGCGCGUGCUUACCGGCCAUUCGAUCUUUACUACGCCGCGUGGCUCCAACGCUCUUUGGCGACACCGAACAUGUCAAAUCAUAUGGCUUGAGCUCUCACCAGUCUCGCGGGCCUGGAUCUCGAUUUGAAGGACCGAUCUAUGUUCAUCAUGAUAUCCACGUUCAUAGCAAGAGCGACACUCGCCAAUUCUACCCCCUGGACGAUAUGACAAAUUCCAGCGAGGCACGGCUCAACUACAAAGCAUAG